AGGACGAAGUCAAUCGGCCCCGACUUUCUCGGAGCGGGACAAGGUCGGGACAGCGCACGUGCCAGUGCCCGGCGCGCCGAGUCUUACGCAGCGGCAACGGCACCUCCACCAUAUCCUCUGCCUCCUCAUCCUCAGUUAUUAGUAACUUACCUAUCAACUCUGGACAACGAUGAACUCACCCCGCAGCCCAAUUGACCCGGCCAUCUCUCUCUGCCUCGCCUGCUCCUCCUCGCUGCCCCCGCGCAAGCCCCUCGCCUCACCGCUCUCACCGAAUUUCAAGCCCUCCUCAGGCUCUUCCUCCGGCGACGAGAUAUUCGUCACACAGUGCUGCCAACGUCCGAUCUGCCCUUCAUGCGUGCGCGCGAAUCCCAGACUCACAAGAUACAACCCAUGCUUACACUGCCUCGGCGGGGUGGGCGCUGUGAGCGCACGGUCGCGCAAGUUUCCAGCGGAGGGGGAGAGGAAGGGUACGGGUGCGAAGGUGAACGUGGAUGGAGCGGUGAGGGACGAGGACGUGUUCGUGCUGGGCGACGAUGAGGAUGAUGAAGACAGUGCGAGUACGGCGUCGGACUCUCCCCCGCCUGCCACACCUCCGCCAGCCUACCGCGACGUCGCAUCCCCUCUCUCCGCACCCACCACGCUCAGUCCCUCCCAAUCGAUUCUUCCGACAUUCAAGUCAAGCGAGCCCACACACGCAGAGCCCACCGAGUCGCUGAAGCCCCCACAAGUAGACCCUUCACCGUCCACCAACACAGGCCCACAACGCUACUACAUCCAGCCCACCGACACCCUCCUCGGGAUCGCCCUCCGCUUCCACAUCGACGCCCGCGCGCUCUGCAGACUCAACAACCUCCCUCCCUCCGCCCUCCGCACGACCCCGCACCUCCUCCACACCCGCACCUUCCUCGUCCUCCCCGCCGGCGCGCGGGGGCCCGGCUCUUCAACCGCGCCCCCAGCCGACGACGCACGGAGCGAGGGGGGCGCGGCCGUGAACCGCCCGAGCGCGGCGGACGAGGCGCGCCGCGCACGGGAGCGUGCAGAGAGCCGGUUCCGCGUCUUGACGAAGGAGGCGGACUACCGCGUCGCGAGGGCAUAUGUCGCCGUCGCGGGCCUCGGGGACUCAGACGCGGCCGACGCGUUCCGCGAGGACGAGAUGAAGAAGGUGGGUGCAGUUGACGGCGCGGCGGACAAGUUGCGGAAGCGGCAUCCUAGCUCGUCAACGGAAGGGGCGGCGGGAGGGAGCGGUGUGGAGGGCCGCGCGGUGGAUCGCUACCUGGAUGAUGAGGAAUGGGAGGAGCGGCAGCGGAGGGAGGGGAGAGGGAUUGAGAUCCCAGCGUUCCCGCUAUUUGGAGGCGGGGCUAAGUCUGGGGACGGGAGUGGGAAGAAGACAUGGUGGAGGUGGUAACAGUCGUGCUCACGAAGUCUGAGUGCCGCAUCAUUCGGCGGCGUGAAGUCUUUCGUGGGGAUGCUGCUCGGUGCCGGAUCAUAGGACAUGUUGUACAAUGCGACUUAAGAAGCUCGGACUUGUGAGGAGUGGUAAUGCUAUAUUGAUACAUGCCCGUGGUAGUAUGCGAUUAGA